AGAGUACUUUUGAUAUACUGAAAUGAAAGUAGCUUGGCUUGGCGCCCUUUCCCUAUCCCUUUCAUUCAGUUACUUUUACUAAGGAAGUUCCUGGUAUAUAGUGUAUCUGUAUUUAUUAUCUAUGUAAGGAAGUCCCUGGUAGUGAUUAAUGUAUUGUGUUGUGUUCACAGAACGGAAUACUUUUACUCCUAGCGGAGAGUUGUGUUUAUGAACAUUAGAAGGGUCUUCUUCAAACGUUUACUUUAAUUCUUCAAUAUUGCAUUUUAAUUGAUCAUCAUACCGCUAAUACUGAGCCUUACUUUGGAUUUGUCGAGUCCAGCCAUGGCGGAUCAGUCAUCGGUUUUAGCACUGGUUAUAUUAGCGGUUGGAGUAACGGUACAUUUUUCAUUGCAUAAGGUAGAGGAGGGUCAUGUAGGAGUUUAUUAUAGGGGUGGCGCAUUGCUCCCAGUGACUAGCCAACCUGGUUUUCAUAUGAUGGUACCUCUUUUGACCUCAUAUAAAGCUAUUCAGACCACUCUUCAGACUGACGAAGUAAAGAAUGUACCAUGUGGUACUAGUGGAGGAGUUAUGAUUUAUUUUGAAAGAAUUGAAGUGGUUAAUAAACUAGAACCAAAUAUGGUAUUAGAUGUGGUUCGAAACUUUACCGCAGACUAUGACAAGACACUCAUAUUCAACAAAGUGCAUCAUGAGUUAAAUCAGUUCUGCAGUGCUCACUCUCUUCAUGAAGUUUACAUUGAUCUCUUUGACCAAAUAGAUGAAAAUUUGCGGACAGCUUUACAAAAAGACCUCAAUGAAAUGGCACCAGGCUUGAGAGUGCAGGCGGUGCGGGUCACUAAACCAAAGAUUCCUGAAGCCAUAAGAAAAAAUUAUGAACUUAUGGAGUCAGAAAAAUCGAAACUUCUUAUUGCAGCUCAGCAUCAGAAGGUUGUAGAGAAAGAAGCUGAAACUGCACGUCGCAAGGCAGUCAUUGAAGCAGAAAAGGAGGCACAUGUUGCAAAAAUUCAUUAUGAACAGAAAAUUAUGGAAAAAGAGUCUUUACAGAAAAUGGAAUUAAUAGAAGAUAACAUUCACAGAGCAAAGCAGCAGACCAAAGCUGAAGCAGACUUUUAUCACCUGAAAAAACAAGCAGAGGCAAACAAGCUACUUUUGACAAAAGAAUAUUUGGAAUUGAAGAAGUAUGAGGCUCUAGCACUAAAUAAUAAAAUUUACUUUGGGAGUGAUAUUCCUAACAUGUUCUUGCAAGCCAAUGUUGGUGAGAAUAUUCCAAAGAGUGUUCAAGUUGAAUGAGUAGUAAUAAUACUGUGAAAACAUUUACUAGUCAUUGAGUAGUGUCUUAAAAUGGUCUGACGCUUGGCACAGCAACGUUGUGUGAGUAGUAUGUGAUGAUUUCAUGUGAUAAUAUAUUAUUGUGGCAAAGACAUUAAAAACACUGAUAUUAUUUAUGUGUGGCUUCUUAAUUGUUUAUUUAAUUAGGCUUUGUUAAUACUCUUUAAGAUCGAAAAGGUUUUUAUAUGUGU